UGACUGUCAAAAGUCGCAACGAACACUGUUGGGAACAGCGCAAACAACCCCGGGGUCACCAACCUUGAGUGUGGGGAGAUCAGAAGGAAGCUUACUUCGCCGCAGACGGCUGUCGUCUGGUUUUCAUGUGUGGUUUUAGCGACGAGAAACGGGCCCAAUUUCAGGUGAAGAAGCCCUAGCGUGUGGAGUUGAACCAUGGCCCUGUGGGCACAGUGCCAGCGCCUGCCUCCCGAUGCCCUCCAGCACCUACAGGCCAUGUAUGACCAGAAGUCCUUCCCCAUCACCGCACGACACCACCUCUCCGCAUGGAUCGAGACGCAGCGAUGGGAUGAUGUCAAGCCUGCUCAAGCCACCAAGCUGUACAAGACCGUCCAGCAGCUGCUACAGAACAAGCACAACCAGAUGACUGGACCUGACAGGGUGGUGCUUCAGGACGGCAUACAGAGGAGCAUGGCCAAAAUAACGGAGGCAUUUGGUGCCAACAACCAGGUGAUGGCCUUGGCUGUCAAGCAGUGUCUGGACGAGGAGAGGAGGAUUGUGGGACACUGUCUCAACCAGCCCUCCACUAAACAGAUCAAGAAAGAGAAGCCUGAUGACAUUGAGGACGGACAGUCAGAGUCGGCCUCCCAACAUCAGCUGGUGCAGCAUUUGGAUACCCUGGUCAUGUACACAAAGAGUAACCAGGAUAAACUGUCCAAGCUACAGCAGAUACUGGAGGUCUGGUUAGACCUGCACCAAAAGAAGGCAGCUCUGGAAGAAAAGCUGAGCCGACCCCUGACCCCGGGGCUGCAGCAGGACCUGGCCAAGCAGCGUCAGGACUGCAUCAAGCUUCUGGACAACCGCACGGUCAAACUGCACUGUGAGCGCCAUGAGCUGGUCACGCAGAUGAAGAAGGUUGUGCAGAUGAUCCACAUGGUGCAGGGUUCCAUCCUCAACACGGAGCUGAACCAGUGGAAGAGAUGGCAGCAGCUGGCCUGUAUCGGUGCUCCCCACCCGGGGGUCAACAUAGAGACACUGCAGCAGUGGUUUGAGCGUCUGUUGGACAUCAUCCUGCACAGUCUGCAGCAGGUGGACAAGUUAGACAAGCUUCAGCAGGACAUGUUACAGGACGGGGAGCAGAAGGGAGACCUGCACACCUUCCACGAUCAGCUCAACACCCUGCUCAACACACUAGUGUCCAAGUCUUUUGUAGUUGAGGAGCAGCCUCGUCACAACAAGCAGGCACGUCCACAGGUCCUCAAGACUGAUGGGACAAAGUUUACCGCCGCACUGAGAUUCCUGCUUGGGAAACGUCUGUGUGCAAACCUGACCAAACUGCCACAAGUCAACGCCAGCAUUUACAGAGGUCCCAAUGCUGGAGAUGAAGUAGUCAAAGCCAAUGGUGAGAAGUACAGAUACCUCCUGCACAACUCUAAAGGCACUUUGGAGCUGGAUUCAAGCACAUCAAUCUGCUCAGUCAAGUUCAAGAACAUGAACAUGAAGCAGACAAAGAUUGCAGGGCCUGCCAAGAGAAAUGCAGAGCCCUCCAGAGUGACUGACGAGAAAGCCAUGAUAUCUUUCCAGACAGAACUCAGCAUCUUGGGAACACUGGCAGAACUCAAGACGAUGUCCCUCCCAGUGGUGCUGAUCUCCCACAGUAACCAGGAGUCCAACGCCUGGGCAACCAUCCUCUGGGACAACGCCUUCUCAAAACCUGACCGUGAGCUGUUUGAGGUUCCUGAGAAGGCGCCGUGGAUGGAGGUUGGCCACGCCCUCAGCUGGCAGUACGAGAUGCAGACGGGCCGCGGGCUCACCGAGGAGAACAUGACCUUCCUGGCAGAGAAACUCUUCGGUUUUGGUCUGGACUACUCCAACAUGACUCUCAGCUGGACAGCAUUUAACAGGGACACCUUACCUGACCGCAAGUUCACCUUCUGGCAGUGGUUCCAUGGCACGCUGGAUCUCACCACCAAGAAGCUGGGAGAUAUGUGGAAGGAUGGGUGUAUCAUGGGUUUCAUCAGUAAACUACGAGCGCAGGAGCUGUUGUUAAACAAGUGCCACGGGACGUUCCUUCUCCGAUUCAGCGACUCCUCGGCUAAAGGAGCCAUCAGUGCUGUAUGGGUGGAGGAACAUACAGGUGAUAAGCCCGUCCAGUUUCUGGAGCCGUACACGGUGGAUGACCUGGCCAAACUGCCGCUAGCCGAGCGUAUCCGGGACUACUACAAGGACCAGGAGCAGCCACUGCAGUACCUGUACCCGGACACACCCAGGGACUCCGUCUUCGAGAAGUACUACACCAUGUCUGAUGAUGCAUCAGACAAUGCACCGGAUGUGAAGUACGUAAAGGCCAGACUUGUGGCAGUCACCAGACCUACAAGACAACAGUCUGCAGCAGGCCCGAUGAGCCCAGGGGAGCCCUUCACCCCGAUGGCCCCCUCCCCCGCCCCCUCCUCACACAUGUCAGACUACGCCGGCUCCGUCGCCAGUCCCGUCAGCUGUGAGUUCAUGGAGCAACAAGAAAGUAACGGCAUCGGUCCGAGUGAGCACCCUGAUCUGCCGUCCCCCGGUCCGAUCAGCACCAUCGACUUUGACGUCCUCAGCUCCGCCAUGGACGAACAGCAGGUCAUCAUCCCCCCCAUACAGCUGCCACAACAACAACAACAACAACAACCUUUGCCACAACAACAACAACAACAACAACAGCCGCCCCAGCUGCCACAAGUACCCCAACAACAGUACCGGUACCAGUUCCAGCCACAGCCGGUGUUCAACCCCAUGCAGAACUAUGAGAAUGGGAGCGAACCACAGGGAGCAAGUGGCACGAGCGGCAGACUGCCCGCAUUUAAAACUUUCCUCAGCAAAUCUCUUGGUUACCGUGAGUUGAUGAGAAGGAGGACCAGUGCUACGGCAGCGGAACUGUUCGAGUCGUUAGACAGAGUCACAGACGACGACGUGGACGACCUCUGCCAGUGGCUCCUCAGCUUCGACAACGCGAUGGACUUCAAGUCGGAGCCGGACACCGACGACCCGCGGGGCACCAAGAGACCCAAGGCAGACGGGACGUUCUGAUCCUUUCCUAAGUAGCAGACAUUUGUCAAGUUGUCACUGAAACUAAUCUCCAGGCAGAUUUACAAAUGGCAUAAGAUAGUAUUAAAGCUGGCUAAGGACUAUGGCUGGCCAAAGGGAAUCAUCAGUCCAGUAGCCAAACACACUCCUAGGUCGGCUUCACUCCUCUGGCAGCUUUUGAUACUAUCUUAUGCUACCUUAGGAUCUGCUUGGAGAUUAGCUGAAAUGUCCAUGUUUAUCGGUGUCUGAGAGCAAAUUCCAAGCUUAUGCAUCACUUAGCAAGCAUUUGUUUUCAGCUUGUGUUCGUAGUAGGGUUCUUUGUGGGGAAGGCUAUUUGAAAGAUUGAAACACAGUGAAGUGUUUGCCAUGUGUUGUGUAGAUUCUUGCACCUAUGGCCUCAUCUGCAUACGUCCUUACAAAUACAUUGUACAUGUAUGAGCCUUCAAAAAACAGACUUAUGAAUGCUAUCC